AUGUAUAACGCAAUGAACCAGGGACCCGAGGAUCCAUCCAAUCCGCAUUACAUGGCCCAGCAACCACCUCAACAGUAUGCCGGGUACGCCCAGGGGGCGCCUCCACAGCCAGGAGCACCUCAGGCUAACCCAGCUCCGAAUCAAUGGGCCGCCUACGGAUCACCACAACAACCGGGCGUAGCCAGCCCAGGCGCCGCAUACAAUGCACCCCAGCAAGCACCAAUGGGUGGGGCAGGAGAUCCAGGAAUGGGAGGACUUGCCUCUCAGAUGAGCGGGUUAGGAAUUGCAGCCGACGCAGGACCCAGGACGAACCGAAAGAAGCAUCGCCAUGCCCACCACGACAUCGGAGGUGGUGCGGCACCACCUGCGCAAGCUUUCAAUAAUGGAAUGGACCAAGGUGGUCUGCCGCAGCAACCGUCUCAGUUCUUGAACACGGGAAUGAGCCAGCAUGCGGAUCGCCCGGUGUCUCCAGCAGUGGGCUUGGUAUCUGCGCAAUCGGCUGGUCCCCAGAUACCUGGUAUGCAAAGUGGUGCUGGCGCGGUACCCACCGCAGGACGAAUUGACCCCGAGCAUAUCCCCAGUAUCCCACGAUCGCGCGAUUUGCCCGCUCAGUAUUACUUCAACCAUGUUUAUCCGACUAUGGACCAACACCUUCCCCCGCCAGCCGCGAUUCCGUUCGUGGCCCAGGAUCAGGGCAACUCCUCUCCCAAAUACGCCCGCUUAACCCUCAACAACAUCCCCUCCGCCUCCGAUUUCCUCACCUCCACGGGCCUGCCCCUCGGUAUGGUCCUGCAACCGCUCGCACCUUUGGACCCGGGUGAACAACCGAUCCCCGUGCUGGACUUUGGGGAUGCUGGACCCCCUCGAUGCCGAAGAUGUCGAACCUACAUCAAUCCGUUCAUGUCCUUCCGGUCUGGGGGCAGCAAAUUUGUCUGCAACAUGUGCACCUUCCCGAACGAUACGCCCGCCGAAUACUUCUCUCCCUUGGACCCAUCUGGAGCGCGCGUUGAUCGCACGCAGCGCCCUGAGUUGAUGAUGGGAACUGUGGAAUUCACGGUACCCAAGGAAUACUGGAACAAGGAACCUGUGGGUCUGCAGACGCUCUUCUUGAUCGAUGUCAGCCGCGAGUCGGUUCAUCGGGGCUUCCUGAAGGGUGUGUGUGAAGGUAUCAAGGAAGCUUUGUACGGCAAUGGGAAUGCGUCGACAGAGACCUCCGAGGGUGAUGAGUCCUCCCGGUCAUUGCCCGUCGGCGCAAAGGUCGGCAUUGUCACUUAUGAUAAGGAGGUGCACUUCUACAACCUGACUGCAACAUUGGAUCAGGCCCAGAUGAUGGUCAUGACCGAUUUGGAGGAGCCAUUUGUGCCUCUGAAUGAAGGCCUCUUCGUUGACCCUUAUGAAUCAAAGAACGUGAUCACUUCACUCCUCAGCCGGAUACCCAGCAUUUUCUCUUCUAUCAAGAACCCCGAGUCAGCUUUGCUUCCUACAUUAAAUUCGGCGCUCUCAGCUCUCCAAGCCACCGGUGGCAAGGUCGUUUGCGCCAUGGCGAGCUUGCCCAACUUUGGCCCCGGGCCACUAUCUAAUCGGGAGGAUCCCAAACUCCAUGGAACAGACGCUGAGCGGAAACUGUUCGCCACAGAGAACCCACUCUGGAAGAAGACAGCAACCAAGCUUGCCGAAGCUGGGGUUGGCGUUGACGUCUUCAUGGCCGCGCCUGGUGGCGCUUACCUGGACGUGGCAACAAUUGGACAUGUUUCUAGCCUCACUGGUGGCGAAACUUUCUUCUACCCCAACUUCCACUCCCCGCGCGAUAAUCGCAAGCUGCGCAAUGAGCUAGCGCAUGCCGUCACUCGAGAGACCGGAUACCAGACUUUGAUGAAAGUCCGGUGCUCCAAUGGACUUCAGGUGUCUGCUUACCAUGGAAACUUUGUUCAGCACACCCUGGGUGCUGAUUUGGAAAUUGCCGGUGUUGACGCUGACAAGGCCAUUGGUGUGCUCUUUAGCUAUGAUGGCAAACUUGACCCGAAGUUGGAUGCGCACUUCCAGGCUGCGCUGCUGUAUACCUCGGCAGAUGGCCAGCGGCGCGUUCGGUGUAUCAACGUUGUCGCGGCCGUGAACGAGGGAGGCAUGGAGACAAUGAAGUUUGUUGACCAGGAUGCCGUCGUUUCAGUCAUUGCGAAGGAGGCCGCCUCCAAGACCCUGGACAAAACUCUCAAGGACAUCCGGGCAAACAUCUCAGAAAAGACAGUUGAUAUCUUCAGCGGAUACCGCAAGAUCUUCUCGGGCUCUCACCCUCCCGGCCAGCUGGUCCUGCCAGAGAACCUGAAGGAAUUCUCGAUGUACAUGCUCAGCCUGGUCAAGUCCCGGGCCUUCAAAGGCGGCAACGAGUCCUCGGACCGCCGGACCCACGACAUGCGCAUGAUCAAGUCGAUGGGCUGCACCGAGCUCUCACUGUACCUCUACCCGCGAAUCAUCCCCGUGCACAACAUGCAGCCAGAAGACGGAUUCGCCAACGAGCACGGCCAGCUCCAAAUCCCCCCAGCCCUGCGCGCCAGCUUCUCACUCAUCGAAGAGGGCGGAGUCUACAUCGUCGACAACGGCCAAGCCGUCAUCCUCUGGCUACACGCACAGGUCUCGCCGAACCUCCUCGAAGACCUCUUCGGACCCGGUCACGAGACCCUGCAACAACUCAACCCCAACACCUCCUCACUACCCGUUCUGGAAACGCAUCUCAACGCCCAGGUCCGGAACCUGCUGCAGUACCUGUCGACCGUGCGCGGGUCCAAGUCCGUGACGAUCCAACUCGCCCGUCAGGGCCUGGAUGGGGCGGAGUACGAGUUCGCCCGGCUGCUACUGGAGGAUCGGAACAAUGAGGCGCAAAGCUACGUGGACUGGUUGGUGCAUAUCCACCGCCAGAUUAAUUUGGAGCUGGCUGGUCACCGCAAGAAGGAAGAGACCGGCGAGGGCACCCUGGCAAGUCUGUCGGCCAUGCGGGCCCCGUACUGGUAG